AUGUACUCGGACAGUCGCACAGGACCACCCUUGGAUGAUGACGAUGAUGUUGAGCGACUCUUCUUCUUCCUCUUGCUCUGUUUGUCAUCACUUGAAGAAGAUGAGUCAUCAUCACUACUACUGUCACUCUCACUGUCGCUACUAUAUUUCUUCUUCUUUUGUUUCUUCUUCUCUUUCUCCUUCUUCCUCUUGAUACGCUCUCUAUUCUUCUCAAGACUCUCUCUAUACUCCUGUGACACCAGGUAA